AUGCGAUAUACAUACUACGUCGGUUGUGAAAUUCUAUCAAAUGGCAAUCAACUGAACACGUUGCGAGUUAUUGACGCAUGGAAAGGAACUAUCAUAAAAUACUCACUUCCACCAGAUUUGGAGUCUAUCUAUAUGCUUUAUGAGUCCGUUAACGGUGUGACACUGCUUGGUGUUGGGGACGACAGAAGCAUUACGAUAUUCCAAGCACUUAUAGACCAUAAAUCACGUCGACUAAUUGUAACGAAAGAAUUGAUGGCACUAAAAACUAGCUCAGACGAAGAGAGGACGUGGUCGUGGAACAGUGCCCGGAAUGAAAACGGCAUGGUGCUCAUGGAACUGAAUCAAGAAACAAGAAAACUUCGAAUAUUUGGAAUCAAAACCACUGGCGAGAUUACGUGUUCAGAGAUGGAUGACUUUCAAACACUUGGACUAGCGCCCUACACACAACCUUGGCAAGAAGGAAACAUUAUUUCUGCAUUUGAACGUUUACCUAAUGUGUUUGGACGGUUAGCAUAUACUGGAAGAAUACUGAGUAUCGAUAUUGAAACAAGAAAGACGAUCUAUACGCGACCAAUCAAUUGCCCAUUUGAAAUGAGAGGAAGACAAGAAAUCUAUGCAGCGCUGAAAGCACCACGGAUGAUGAAGCAAAUCUACCGCAACGGACGACUGUGGAUUGUCGCUGAGUCAAUGGCUCAGCUAGGUGUAGCCGUUAGUGUUUGGACCAUAGCCAAUGCAACAUGGCAAUACGUGAUGGAAAUCAAAGCUAACUAUCGCGAUGUUACUAUGGACGUCACUGGAAGUGACACAGCUAUCAUACUCAUUAAAGAGCCGUUAGUGGACGAUGCACAUCCUCACGUUCGCAUUAGAAGUUUGUUUAUGCUGCGAUUAGGGAACGUUCCACGAUUAAGUACGAUUGCUCUGUUCACUGUCCUUGAUAGUCCUUGGUCAACGCAACUUAACGAGCAUAUUCGUUCAAUGUUAGAAAGAUCGUGUAAUUUCUAG